AUGACGCGGUCGCAGCACACCCCAACACGUGCCGAGUGUGAGGGCCUGAGGCUGCUACUGACCUGGGCUCAGGAAAUCUCUGUGCUGAUGAAGAAGUCAGACACCUAUAGCCCCCUCUUCUCCCUGCCCUCCUUCAACAAGUUCUGCAGGGGCCUGCUGGCUAACGGUCUGAAUGAAGAUCCAAGUAUCGGCCUUCAGACCUGCCACAGCUUACAGAUCCUCUCUUCAUCUCUGUCUACUGAGCUACUGCAGAGGUGUGUGGAUGUGUGCAGAGUCCAGUUGGUCCAUUCAGCAGUGAGGGUGAGGCAAGCCUAUGGCAAGCUGCUCAGGACAAUCCCCCUCGAUGUGGCUUUGAGUAACCAUAGCCACCCUGAGAUGAGGGAGAUCUCACUGGCUAUCCGCCACCACAUGAGCCGAGCGCCAAGCAGCACCUUCCACCCCCAGGACUUCAGCGACCUCAUUAGCUUCAUCUUAUAUGGAGUCCUGCACCGUGGAGGCAAAGACCCCUGGCUGGAGCGCCUGUACUACAGCUGCCAGCGUUUGGAGAAACGGGAUGGCAGAGGAGGUGUGGACUGCAGCCGGCCAGGUGUAGUGCCACGCGCGCUGUUGAAAACUGAGGCGGUGCUGUGGCAGUGGGCUGUGUGGGAGGCCGCGCAGUUUACUGUACUGUCCAAACUCAGAACACCGCUGGGCCGAGCUCAGGAUACCUUCCAGACAAUUGAGGGACAUCACUAA